UAACUUGGAGAAAGACUGCUUUUGGCGCGUGUCUGAUUGUGUUUUCUUGGAUUCCAGUUGACUGCACUGUUUAAGAAGCUGGGCUUCACUAGGCACCCUGCCGGACGAUUCACGACUCUACGAUUAAUGGGUACAUGAACACUACGGCCUUAUACCAACUCGAUAGAAGAAUAAAACGGCCAGAAUGAGCUCCUCAGUCCGUCUUUACGAACGCCUCGACCAGAUCCCGACUGAUCCCGAGGACGAGGAAUGCUUGGAGGAUGUCGUCGUGUGCGCAUUCGGAGCUUUCGAGCGCUACUACGUGUGUUGGAAAACCAGAGGUGGCGCAUAUCGACAAGACGGCUACGACCUGCCGCCGGAUCUUGAAGAUUUCCUCUUCGCAAAGGCCGACAAGCGAGACUUUGCGAGCUUGCAAGUAGUAUUUGGGCGCGGAGAUGAGUUCUUCGCGUCGGAUCAAAAUGGGAAGCUCGAAUUCAAAGAACCGGAGCCCGAGAAGAGGGAGCCUACGCCCGAAGAGCUGGAAGGAAAACGCGCGCUCAGAAGAUCAAGGACUAUGUCGUUCAUGCGACCGCGCUCCGACGAUAGCAGUAGGCAUAGUUUCCUGGACCUGGAAUCGCAGUCACCGGCGUCCAGUAGGAGAUCUUCGCUGAUGAAUGGACGGCCGCCGAGCUUAUCGCUCUCGUUUCGAUCGAAUUCGGACGCGUCGCUGCACACGCUGAACUCACAACCAGAGUCCCGACCACCGAGUGCGUCACAUACCAGACUAAGUUCUGAGUCAUCCCUAAGUUCCCAGCUGUGGUCGCGACCUUCAAGCGUGCAGUCGUCGAACCCUCCUAGGCUGUCCUCAGAUUCAGAUCUAAAGACCAGCGAGCAAACGAUUGAUUUUGAAGAGGAGAGACCAAUCGCACCCCCAGCAAUACCCUUGGGUGUUCAGUCGACGAAGAGACUUAGACCGCUUAGUUUGUCCUUCAAGGGCGGUCUUAUCCCGCGGAUACCGGAAGGAAAACAAGUCCCACAGGAGUCGCCUUCACCUCCAUCACCCUUGCCACCUGUACCUCCCAUGCCACAAGCUACUACACCCAUAGCGACACCUGCAAAGCUAUGGACAGCAAGGUUUGCGUCGGCACCUUCUUCGGACCCAUCUUCAAUAAGGCCUCUGCAACUUGAACAGCGAACAGACGACCAAGCGCCGUCAACACGAUCUACCUCACCGCCAUUCCAACUAACAGAGCAAACCGAAUCACACAUACCAAUCGAAGAUUCGCCUCCCACGCUGUCGUUGGAAAACAUUAGCAUCACCACUCGAACAUCCCCGGACAGAACACCUCCACCACCAUUAUCUCUACAAAUCAGUACCUCAAGCGUGAACACCACGCCAAUUUCGCCAUCCGCUGCUCCCUCCCUUGGCGCUCCACCCUCUCCAUCCGCCCUCUCCAUACAGAUAAUCAGCACCGCCGCGCAAACAGUCCCGCAAUCUCCCACUCGGGUGCCCACGUCCAAGACCGUCGACCCACCUCCACCGCUCCUCUCAACACACUUCGCCGCCCUCUCGACCACACCAAUCUCCCCUUUCCCGCCAGACCUCCGUCUGGAUACCCGCAUCGAGACCGCCGCAUCCCUCCCCGCACACACCUACAGCUCCAGCACCGCCUCGUCCACAUUCGACUUCGCGACGCCGCACGACGACCACCAGCAAGCCUACUUCGACCCCCCGCCCGUCUUCAUGGGCCGCAUGAUGGAGUACUACAGCAAGCCGGGGUACCAGCUGGGACAGAGUCUGUUCGGCGGGUAUCACGCGCGAGAAGUGCUGGUCGAGGGGGAAGGGGAGGACGGGUUGACGGAGUGGGAGAGGGCGAACGGGGUGGGGUAUUGA